CCCGUGUGUGAGUUGUGUUGUGUGUAUAUCCCAUUCGCAUUCGGCUUCGCGUUCAAACGGCAGUUUGAGCGGUAGCCGGUCACAUAAUAAUCGUGCUCUAACAUCGCGACAUAGUCUCUGGCUCUCUUUAACAGAUCUUUUAUAAAGACUCUCUAGUCCACCCAAAACAGCUGUGCCCGUAGUCUAAAUUUAGUCGACGGUGGUAACACUUAGUUCGUUCGCGUCUGCUAGGACUAGUUGAAUACGCACGUGGUCGCAAGUCGCAUCGUUCUUACGAGCGUUUUAAAAAUUUAUGUUCAAAUCGCUAAGACCUGCCCCCAUAUGCGAGAUCGCCGGAGUAACUUUACCAAAGAGUACAUAAAUAAUAUUGUAAAUCCUUUGGGAAAUCGACCCGCAAGGCCUACUGAAAUCGCGCGUGCCAACGAAGAGCGCGCGGCUACUGUCUUAGAGCCCGCAGAAGAACCACCAAAGAACAUGCUAAUGCCUACUGCAGGCAUAGGUUCACCAGAUGCAGCCGAUACCCUCGGGCUGACAGGCCUGGGGGUACUGAGCACAGCUGGUACCUUAAACGGUACCACUGGCGUUCAAAACAAAGACACUACCUUCACUAAACUUUUUGUUGGCGGACUGCCAUAUCACACCACCGACAAAUCUUUAAGGGACCAUUUUUCGGUUUAUGGAGAAAUCGAGGAGGGAGUUGUGAUUACUGACAGACAGACAGGCAAAAGUAGGGGAUAUGGAUUUGUAAUAAUGGCAGAUAGAGCGUCAGCGGAACGCGCGUGUAAAGACCCGAACCCAAUUAUAGAUGGAAGAAAAGCGAACGUAAAUCUAGCUAUUCUCGGAGCCAAACCCAGAGGAAAUGUACCCGCCGUAUCACUUUCAGGCUUUCCGUUUACAAGCGUGAGGCCAGGAACCUACCCCACACUUCUACCUAGUCAGUAUGGAAUGCCGCCGAGCUAUAUGUACCAAUCGCCCUACCUAGCAGCGACUGCGCCAGGCAGCCUGGUCUCUUUGCCUACAACGCAGCUAUCUCACGCAGCUGCUGUGGCAGCAGCUGCGACGUCGCAGUUUUAUGAAUACCAAAACGCAGCAGCGGUAGCGGCUGCUGCGGCGGCGCCAUAUACAGGACAGUAUGCAAAUGGUUUUGAUGCAUAUACGCCAUAUACUGGAGCAGCGAGUGCAGCAAAUUACAUGCCAUAUACUUAUGCAGCACUGCCUCAGACACAAGCCAUACCAACAGCAGGAACCACUACAGCCUUUCCAGGAAUAUCAUAUCCAGCAGCAGCUGCGCAAGCUCCAACGCUACAAGAGGCUCGGCUCCAGUGAGUGCAUCAGAGAAUGUAGAAUCUUAGAGAUAAUAGUUGAUGAUACCUUAUUAACUUUUUGGGCAGUUCUUUUGUCGUAUGCAGAUAUUUGAGGUGCAUUUCUUGAUAGGAUUUUUUGCACAUACAAAUGUAUAUUAUUAAUAACUGCGGAUGCGUAGAAUUGCAACGUAAAAAAAUGGAGUACGGGUACUGUCCCAAAAAAACCCUAUUUAUGUAUUUUUUUUUAAUUCAAUUAUUUCUUGCCACAUAAAUAUUAAUAAAAUUCAUGUAGAAAACGUUUUAAAUAAAAUCUGCUAUAUUAAAUAAAACUUUAAAGGCUAUGAUAUUUUUGUAGACAUUUAUUACCAUCGAAUGUGGUAGAUAUAAUGGUACAAUUUAUAAUACUUAAUGUUAAUACUGUACGUGUACGUUAAAUCUAGAUCGAUAGACUAUGUUAAAUAUUAGAUUAUAUAUCACAAAAUAAAAUGCUAAAUGAAUGUUCGAUGUGUACUUAAAAUAUGUGUACUUAAUUUAUUUAUUUAUUUUGUAAUUUUCUAUGUAUAUAUUUUGGAAUUUCUUUUAAGCACAUGACAAGCAGAUACUACUUAAAUUAUGUCAUUGGUGUAACUAGUUAUUCCUAACUUAACUUAAGUUAUUAGGUAGCAUUUUCUAUAGAUGUUAAAUCAAACGUUAGUUACCCUUAUUUUAUUUGAGGUAAAUAUUUUUUCUCUUAAAUUUUAAAUUGAACUCAAAGUCUAUCGGUUAGAUAUAUUAUGAAUUUUUUAAAGUAUUAUAGGGGAGGUCAGAAUUUCGAUACGUCAUCUCUGGGUAACUCAGCACCUAAAGUUUUAUUAGGCCAAAUAUAUAGAUUCAGAGAAGUAUUAACAUUGCUGCAAAUUUAAACGUAUUAAAAGAAAAAUUAUAUGUUUUCUUUUAAAUACGAACUUAUAAUUUUUAGGAGCAUUUUCCUUGUGAGACCAAUUAAAACAUAUAUGUCACAUUUGAAAAAUUAAAAGUCUCACAAAAAUCCCACUACGGUUCUGUCGUUUAUAAAAAAUUUUUCACCAUUGUGCGUUAUAACGCACAUCCUUAAAAUCGUCAAAAGCUGAAAUACUUUUACUAUGUUCAUAAGAAAUGGUUGAUUUAGGGUGUUUACAUAGAUGAAGAUCCAUAAAUAUUUACUAGAUUUAGGGGCUUAAAAAAGUUUAUUUUUAAAAAGUUUAUUUUUAUGUGGCAAAAAUAACUUUUCAGCCUAAUUUAUUAAAAGCUGGGAUAUAUUUUAGGCAUUAUGCUGCUUAUUUUUGCAUAUAGUCAGUUUUUUCGUAGAAGUGAGGUACGCCAUGUACAUUUUUAACUUAUUUUGCUAAAUUAAAUUAUAUCAAAAAUAACUUUUUUUUUAAAUGCGGCUGUGUUUAAAGAAAACAUUAAAUAAAAGUGACUCUCUUUAGGAUGUCUAAGAUGCCUAAAUUGAAACUUAGAAAAUAACACAUAUAUCCUGUAUAAACUUUGUAAUACAUUUUCAGAUAUAUAUUUUCAGAGAGGCCUUCAAUAACUAUAAAUAUAUAUUUAUAGUUAUUGAUAUAUUAUAUUAUAUAUAUAAUAUAUUAUAAAUGUAUUUACAGUAUGUAAAAUAUGUAAUUUUUUUGGAGGAUUUUUAAAGGAGGUCGUUAGGGACCUCCUUUAAAAAUCCUCUAACAAUUAUUUAUAAGCAAAAAAUUAAAAAUUAAAUUUUUCCAAUAAAUAAAAACCCUAAUACAGUCUUUAGCAGAGUUACAGCUUAGUUAAGUUAACUAAUAAAAAACACCUUAUAUAAAUGGAUAAAAGUAUAAAGGUUAUUUAAAUCUUUAGGCUUAAUCCGAUUGCAGAGUUAUAUACGUGUCAUUGUAUCGAAAUUCAGAUUUUCUGCACACAUACCCAAAGUAAUAAGGUAGAAUGCUCAAUAAAUUAAAUUGAAAAAAAAUAGACUUCAUUGCGGCUCUUUUGUAGACUGUUGGAUUGUUAGUUCUGCAAAAGGAAGUGCAAUAGUUAUAUUCGAAUAUUUUUACAAUAUCUAGCUAGUAGUUUAAUAGUUAAAGUUAUCAUGUAUAGUUCUAGUCCCGUAUACUUUGGUUGAAAUUUGCAAAACCUAUUUAUUAAAUCUUAUUGCUAAAAUUAAAAAAAAAUAUGUUAAAAAAGGUUAGCGCAAUAUUUCACCAUUGUAUUUAUGAUUAUAUGAUGUAGUACUUAAAUAUAUACUUUAAAAAUUAAUAUUUAAUAUAUCCUAGUAGUUUACUUUCAAAUGUCCAAACGGCCGCAGUGCCUCCAUGUUUAUUUAUGAAACCUAGUAUUCAUUUACAUUUUCACUUUUUACAUCCUUUGUUUAAUUACAAAAUUAACUUAGAGCACUAUAGUGUUAAAAAAGCAUGUAAACAUACAAAAAAACGCAUUCAAUAGGUGCCUUUUGCAAUCACAGUAUAUUUAAUAUUCGUUUUGAAAAAUUUUGAAUGUCUCAUAGUCAGCUAGCGUUAGAUUCAAAUUCUUACUGUUAUAAAUACGCCAAUAUUUAACACUUUUAUAUAAAAUUAAAUUUCUUCGAACUCGUGCUAAAUGUUACGUGUGGACCAAUCUGCUCUGCGUAAAUUUUUAUUUUCGCAGAAUAUGCAACAGUAAAGACUGUCGUACUUUUUAUCUUUGGUCCUGGCAUUUUUUAACUAACUAUUUUUCUAUGCCGAAUAUUUCUAUUUUCCGUCCACUUAAAAACUCAUUUUUCUACAAAAAAAAUAUUUUCUGAAUUUUUUAACUAUUAACUGGUUGUGGAAAUACCUAUUAUCGGUACUAGAUGUUGUGAAAAUGUAAAUAGUUCUCUAAAUGUAGGUGAUAAUUGUUAAGUGAGUGCAGGGUAAUUUGACUAAGAUUGAUUCAUCCUGCAUCUACAGAAAAUCUUAUAAAAUAGAAAUUAAUAUACUUGUUUUAGGCAAUAAAAGACAAUUAUUAAAAAGUAUACUAAUAAAAUAUAAAGUGACAAUAUUUUAUAAGAUUUUUCCUAGACCAUUUGUAUGUAUGUACACUUCUUAUUUAUAGACGAUAAAAUAAAAAGAUAGUUAUUUUAUUUCAUAGGAGGUAUUUUAUCUGGAAACUUCUUUUAUUUUUCUUAGACAAAAUAAUUAUUUAUUUCAACUCUGUAUGUUCGUUUAUAUAGAAAAAAAAUCAGGUCUAUAAUUCUUAUAAGAUAGACAGUGUAUUUUAUAUCUAAAUAGUUCAUCAAAUGUAAGAUUACCUAAAUAAAAAAUAUGUAUAAAUAUCAA